UACAGGUGUAACCCUUAUCGCACACAACAAAGAAAAUGCAUAUCACACAUCAUUUAUUAACAAUUUUCUUAAAUAUUUACGUAAUUAAUGCAGCAAUAAUAGCUUGGAGUAACAAAAAGGUAGAAAUUUCCCCGUUAUUACCGUUUGAUGAUGAAGAUUUGGAGAAAUUAGUAAAAACGCUGGGUGUAGAAAGAGUUUAUCUGUUCAAAGUUUCUCUAAAAGAUGGGAAUGCCGCUAUACCGAAAAAUUUGAAAGAAGUUAUGAAUGGGUUUCACUCUUCGUAUAAUCCGAAUGGGAAUAUCGCUACUUCUAAUGCUGUGGAGCUAUUUUUGUCGGAGGAUUGUAACGGUAUAGACACGAACAAGAUUCAAAAAACUACAGGAAAACUAAGUAAUUCUACCGAUUUCUUAUGCGUGCUUGAUGUGACGUAUCCAAGAAAAAAGCGCGCUGUCGGAAAAUCACCUGAAAAUGACAGGACCAAAUCAUUAACGACUCCAAAAGAAGCGGUUAUAUACAUUGGACAGAACAAAAAGGAUAAUCAAUACGCACUUUUGUAUUCUUCAAAACCGUUAAAACUGGAAAUUAAUAAUACCACUAAAUAUCUGGGAAAUACCGAUAAUUCGUUGAUAACGGUGGAUAAAAGGUUUAAUAUUCCGAUUCCUUUGGAAGAAAAGGGCAAAGUUACCUUGAGGUUUGGUAUAUCCUGGAUCAGCGGUUACUGGUACUUGCAAACAGUAAAAGUUGAAAUGAUCGACGAAUCAAAUGACAAUUUCAAUUACGAUCUGACAACGGACGAGAACAUAAUGGCUUCUGCAGAUUUUUCGUACCACUGUAACGGUCGUUCGGUGUUCUCCGACGAGAAAAGCGGUACCAAAUUGAUCAUCUACGAUCUGCAAGUCCAGCUCGACGCCAAAAAGAAAAGAUUCGGAGACGUAAAUGAUUGCGUACCGUUUACAACUGCUCCUAUUUGGUCUGGGCUCUUUGUAUUUACCAUUUUAGGUGUGGGACUGAUAGUGGCUCUGACCGCCAUCAUGGACAUUAAAACCAUGGAUAAGUUCGAUAACCACAAAACCAAAAACCUGUCAAUUACUGUGAUGGAAUAAGUAAGGACGACGGUGUACCGAGGUGUUGAGAAAAUGUUUCCCUAUUCUUAUGAUUCUUCGAUGUGACGUAAAGCGACAUAUCUUGCCAUUUUCACUUGUCACUUUGCCGUUUUCACGCCAUUUUUCCUAGUGUCAAACUGUACCUAAUUACGUCUUAAAAUAAUCUAUAUUUUUAAGAGAUAAUCUAUAUGUUUUCUUGAGAUGUAUUUCGGAAUUUUUAGAUUGCGAAUUACACUAAUGUUAUUAUUCAACAAUGAACAAAAAUUUUACAGUUAAGUAUGCUCUGGACGAUGCGAUGGCAGAUAUACAGGGUGGUCCGAACUGUAUUCCGGAAACUUCGGCAGCAUAUUCUGCAUAUAAAAAUAAGU